UGUGAUGAUCUUAUUAAUCGAACCCAGAUGAGCACAAAUAGUAUUUUUCCGUUCUGUGAUUGUUGUACACGGGCCUUUUUGAAAUUCUAUCCAUAGAAAAAGAUAAGUGGAGUGAUCUGCCUAACUGUCCCAUUUUAAACGUUGAAGAGGUUAUUUUUGCGCACGAGCAAACAAGCAAUCACAAAAACAAAAUGGUUACUAUGUAGACAAAUGUGUUUACUAUGCACUUUUGCAGGAAAGUGUGUUAAAAAGUUUAUUAGUUGUGUUGCAAUGUUGAAUAAAAAUUUUUUGAGACCAAGGGGGCCAACAAAAUCCUAGCAAUGAAUGUGAAUCUGUCACAUUGGAGAUGUGGGGUGAGAAUGUCCAAUCGCUAGUUUAGCAAAAUUGUCUUAAUUACAUUAUGAGGGAAAUGGUAGGAGGCUGUUGUGUUUGUUCUGACGAUAGAGGCUGGUCUGAAAAUCCCCUUGUUUACUGCGAUGGACAAUCUUGUAGUGUUGCUGUUCACCAAGCAUGUUAUGGAAUAGUUACUGUGCCGACUGGGCCCUGGUAUUGUCGUAAAUGCGAAAGUCAAGAGAGGUCUGUUAAAGUGAAAUGUGAAUUGUGUCCAAGUAGAUAUGGAGCGCUUAAACGCACUGAUAAUCAAGGAUGGGCCCAUGUGGUAUGUGCUCUGUAUAUUCCAGAAGUACGUUUUGGUAAUGUCACCACUAUGGAACCAAUCCAGUUGCAGCUGAUCCCUGGGGAGCGUUUUAAUAAAGUGUGUUAUAUUUGUCAAGAAAAAGAUAGACCAGCUAAUGCCACAGUGGGCGCUUGUAUGCAAUGUAAUAGAGUGGGUUGCAAGCAACAAUUUCACGUCACUUGUGCGCAGAGUUUAGGAUUGUUGUGUGAAGAGGCUGGGAAUUAUUUGGAUAAUGUCAAGUACUGUGGAUAUUGUCAACACCAUUAUAGUAAAUUGAAAAAAGGUGGUAAUGUGAAAACUAUUCCACCAUAUAAACCUGUAAGUGACAAUCAGAAUUCCGACUCCAGCUCUGAAAAAGAGGUAGAGGGCAACUCUUUGAAAAGAAAUUCUUCUCCUGCUCUUGGGAAGAGGAAAUCCGCCUCCAACAAUAAAGGUAAUUCCUCAAAAGGUGGAAAUUCAUCUAACAAAACAUCUGGAUCUCAACAGAAACCUGUUCAGAGCAACAGCAAAGGGUCCUCAGACAAAUCUAAAGUGGGAAAUAUAAAAAGUGUUAAGAGUGAGGACAGUUCUAACACAGAAACUUUCUUAGAAAAUAGUGACAAAAAAGACAUUAAAAGUGACACUGCAGAUAGUGACCAAAAAAACAAAGAACCUAAAGAUAAGGAUAAUAAGAGUUCAAAAAAACGAAAAGUGAAUUCCAGGACGCCCACACCAGUGCAAAGUGAAGUGAGUGUAGUUGUGAGUGUUACUACUACGAAUACCCCACCCACCAGUUCUACCACAAGUGUUUCUUCGGUGCCUAUAGAAAAAAGAAGCACUACUCUUUUUGUUCCUGACAUUCCUGCUGAAAAAUCUAAAAAGUCGAAGGUUGAGACAACUCAAUCAAUAAUCUUCAAUCAACCAGUUGUGGCCUUAACAUCAAUAUCAACUCUAACAUCAACUUCAACAUCUAAAGGCAGUUCACCUACUGUUACCACUGCAGAAUUGAUUACCAAUAAGUCAGAUACUUCAACAACUGUUACUUCACCAUCAAUAAUCCAAACUGCUCAGGCACAAGUACAACAGCAGCAGAUUGGUUCUCUACUUGUGUCAGUACCUUUGGCUAAUACUAGUAUCGGUCCCCAUAAUCCAAUAAUUAAUAAUCAAACUAGUGUGUUGGCUGUAACUCCAUUUCAACCACACUCGCAGGAAAAGGAAAAGAGCUUACUUGGAAACAUACCCAAAAGUCCAAUGCCUAUAAUUGAAAACGAUUCCAUUAUGUUAACUGGAGAAAAAAAUGAACAGGGGAUUCUCACCUCUGAGAUGAGCGGAGGUGGAUUGAAGAUAACUUAUGAAAAACAAACUGAUUCCAUUAAUAUGGAAGUCGAUAUGGAGUUGGAACUCGAUCCAGCGCCAGCCGAAGCAGAAACUCCCGCAAAGCGUGGAAGUAGGUCACAGUCGCAUGAAAAAAGUGACCGUACCACACGAAACAAGAAACGAAACAGCGCGAACGGUGUUCCCCCGCCCCAAUCGAACAAUGGCGGUGCCCUCAAGCGGUCUAGUCGUUCGCAACAUUCAACUCCACCGCCUUCACAGCAGCCGCCCGGCGCUUUCGCCGCCAUUUCCCAAUCGCAAAUUAAAGAUUCUCCUCCAAGCAGCCCGAGUUCCGAGAGUUUAGGCUCACAGUCGACGAGCCACCGAGGCAGAACAAAGGGUCGUAAAAGUGCGCCAGCCGCUGUCAAUACCAAUUCCAAUUCUGUGCCGCUAAAGGAAAACAAGGAUGUCAAGUUAUUUCAAAAUGGGAUUGCAGCAGCGCCUCAUAUGUUGGGUAAUCAGUUGAAUCCCAAUUCUAACAUGCAUCAAAAAAUGACAGAUCAUCUUAAUUCCGAAUUAGAAGCUCACAGUGUAUAUAACAACUCAAAUGAUACAAGUCCCUUAUUGGUUGGUCCUCAAAUGCAUCACAGAGUAGUUCAGUUAGUUAGAGCAAGCAGUACAGGCUCAAGUACUGCUUCUGGAGGUAGCGGACUGUCGUCGAUGUUGGGCGGUAACAGUGGCACCAUACCUCAGACGUUGGAUCAGCUCCUGGAACGCCAGUGGGAACAAGGAUCUCAGUUCCUCAUGGAGCAGGCUCAGCAUUUUGACAUCGCGUCACUUUUGUCGUGUUUACAUCAGCUGAGAGCUGAAAAUCUCAGGCUAGAAGAGCACGUCAGUUCUUUACUGCAGAGGAGGGAUCACCUUUUGGCUGUUAAUGCAAGAUUGGCCAUACCUUUAACAGGUCAACCAGCAACCCCUCAACCUUCUCAUCCCCACACAGUUAACAACAUUCAUCCCAACAUUGCGGUAAAUCAUGUGGACAUUUCGCGACCUCCCCGUCAUAAUAGCGGGAACUAUGACAGGCAUUCGCAGAGUUCUCAGCACGCGCCCGUAGAAAAUGGUUUGCCUCCCGAUACAUACCCUCAAAACCCACACAGGAGUCCCGUUAACAGUGGACAACCCAGUCCCACAAUAAGACACUCGUCGACUGGAUCAUUCCCAAAUAAUGGUCUGAUAAGGCAAAAUGCGGACACGGGCGGACGCUCUGCCCCGCCACGCUCCCAGCCUUAUCCUCUUUUUGAUAGACCCGGUUCUUCUUCUUCGCAGCAACAGAUGGUGAUCAGAAGAGAUAGGGAAAGAGACUCAGAAAUGCAUCAUCAUAAUAAUUCAAAACCAAGCUGAAGUUUCCUAUUAGGACUUAUAUAUCAACAAAUCACGGUAUAGUUUUGCGCAUAAAAAGUUUUCGCAUUAAAGUGUUGUGUUAUUGGAAAUCAUACAAUAGUGUAAGUGGUGAAUUUCUAUAUAUUUGAUGAACUGUACCCAUUGGUUGCCAAAAUGGUAGUUUGAGUCCUUUGAUGAUGUAUCCCUGAAAUGUAAGAUUUUCCUUUGUAAAGUUUAGGAAUUUUAGUUAUGAUUUUUACUGGAUUUGCUUCUGCACCAGUCCAAGGGCUUUGUAAAUAGCUAACUCAGAAAAAGAUGAAAUGUGUUAACACAGCAAGUUUUUUCUCUAUUUAUCACUGCCAUAGGUUAAUUUGUGUUCUUAGCUAAUAAUUACUGCUAGAUCAACUUUAUGUAAAUUUUGUGUUAGUUAUAGAAUUAAAUAAAUUCUGUACUUUAUGAAUUUUCAAAAUACUUUGCUAUAUGCGUUCGGAGUUUGAACACUAAAAAAUUGCCUGUGAUAUUUUAUUGAUAUGGCAAUUCUUUUUCAAAAUAACUCUUAUUAUUGCGGAAACUUCAUUAAUUUGACGGACCUCCUAGCUACAACACUAAAGAAGUUAGCAAUAGUGCCUACAUGAGUUUGUUCACAUUGCAUUUCAAAUACUUCCCUUACUUUUUUUUUCUUUAGGAUAUAUGGAUCCGAUUAAAAAAUUAAAAACAAAAUUAGGAAAUCAUUAUUCCUAGAUUGCUUUAAAAAAUGAAACGGUCGCGUCAGUAGAAACAACUUUUUACCUUUUACUUUAUAUUUUUCAAAAAAAUCCAUGUCAUACUUAUGGUUGAUGUGUGUCCCCGAAAACUAACUCCAUUAUAAUGUUGUACCUCCUUAAUAUAAUGUACUGCCGUUGUAUCUAGUCAUAUAUGUUAAUAUUUUUUGUAGUAAAUCCUUCUUGACUUUUUAGUAUUAGUGAAAAAGGUUGUGUUGAGGAAGCCACGUAGUCUUUCAGAAUUAAAAAAUUAUAUUAAAUUCAAUUCAUUGUAUAACUAUAAUUAUAUAGUAAAAUGUUUUCAGUCCAUAGGGACGAAGUGUGACAAAGACGCACGGUGCUUUUAAGGGAAUGAAAGCGAAUUUGUGGCAAGGGACGGGGCUUACAAAAUGUGCGUAUUAUUAUCACAUUUCUCAUAUGGACAGAUGAUAUUUUUGGUGAUUAGUAUGUACUUUUUUCCGUCUUGUAUUUCACUGGAUAUAUAAUUUUUGCCUUUAGUGGUAGACAUGUUCAAAAUGGUCCAACCCCAACAGUUGAAUGAUUAUAAACUUUUACUGGAAUCUGAAACUGGAGCUGUAAAUAUUUAUUGCUUGUCAAAACAAAAAUUAAAAUGACUAAGUAAACGUUGUAGGAAAUUUUUAAACUCAGGGACAAAACUAGUAGGAAUAAAGAAAUUAGAAGUGUAAUGCCAGUAAUUUACGCCAUAUUAGGUAAAUUGAACAUAAGCUGAUAACCUUUUUAGAUAAUUUUUUAAUAGACCUAUAAGUAAGUUUUCGCAAUAACGUCGAUCCAAAUAUAACUUAUGCGUUUAUUGAAAUCGCCGUAAUUGUCACUGUCUCCCUCCCGCUAACAAUUUGAACAAAUUUAUUCUUAACGUAAUUAAAAUAUAAAAGUUUAAAUGUUCUUUAAGGACUCCUCAAAGAAAUGUAAAGAUUUUAUUUAUGCUUAAUUGUAUUUUUGUAAAACCAAUUAGCAUAUAGUAUGUAGAUGAUGAGGGAUUUCAAGUGGCGUUGUAAUAUAUUUUUUUAUUAAAGUUGCAUUAAGGAUUGUAAGACGUCUGCAGCGGUACUGCAAUGAGAAUAAGCCUUUUUUGGAAAGCUACCGUUUGAAAUCACCUGAUUCAGGUGAAGUAUAUUUGGUGUUUCUGUUUGCUGUAAAUUUUUGUAAAAUAU